AUGGGUUAUACCCACAGUUAUAGUGUCGAUCCUUUGAACACGACUGGAGGACUAAGUUUAUGGUGGAAAGAUGACCAUAAGGUGAAUGUGAAAGAUUUCUCCAAAUAUUUCAUUGACUCAGAAAUUACUCUACCGGAGUCGGGCUCUUUGAUCCGAGUCACGUGGAUGUAUGGCACACCCUACCAUGGGGAGAAGGAGGAUUUCUGGAGUAGCUGGUUUAAUAAGAGGAAAAGGGAUGGUUGCCCUUGCUGGCCGGAAUCCUGUGUCACCCAUCUUGCAAGGAUAGGAUCGGACCACAAUCUUAUCUUAUUUACUUCCAAUCCACAAUUGAGAAGGAGGAGGGCCCAGUUCAAAUUCGAGGCCCAAUGGGCUGAAGAGGAGGAAUCACAUUCAGUCAUAAAAGACAGUUGGGAUUGUGAUGCCAAUAUUUCAAGUUUAUCACAAUGGGAGAAGAACCUGAACAAAUGUAGAGUUAAUCUACAGAAGUGGAGUAGAAAACGAUUCCCAAGGUGCAAUAAGGAGGAGAUAAAAGCCUGUCUACUACAACUGGAGAACCUACAGUUGGAGAAGCCUCUCAGCAGUGAUCGUGAACAAGCUGACAUUGAGGCAAAACUAGGUACCCUAUGGCUCAAGGAGGAAAAAUAUUGGCACCAACGGUCGAGGGUCAAUUGGCUGAAAACUGGGGACUCAAACACAAGAGAGUUCGGGGAGGGACAGGCUAGCUUACAGAAAUUGAACCAAACCCAUAUUGUCUUAAUCCCAAAGGUCCCAAAUCCUGAGAAAACUACCCAAUUCAGACCUAUUAGCCUAUGCAACAAUUCCUACAAAAUUCUAGCGAAAGUAUUGGCCAAUCGCUUGAAAACCCUACUGCCCUCAUUAAUAUCCCCAAACCAAAAUGCCUUUGUCUUGGAAAGACUUAUCCAAGACAACAUAUUGCUAGCCCAUGAAGCCUUUCACUACUUAAGGCUAAAGCGUGAGAGUGGAAAUCACGAGUUUGGACUCAAACUCGAUAUGAACAAAGCCUACGAUCGAGUUGAUUGGGAUUUCCUUAAAGCUGCACUGACAAGAUUUGGCUUUUCACGGAGGUGGAUUACCUUGAUCAUGAUGUGUGUUACCUCGGUUUCUUUCUCAGUGGUACUAAAUGGCAACCCGGGUUAUUUUUUCAAGCCUAGCUGUGGGUUGAGACAGGGUGAUCCCUUAUCCCCCUACCUUUUCUUAAUUGUCAGUGAAGUACUCUCUUUGCGCAUAACAAGAGCUAUUCAUGAUGGCUCUCUUUUGGGUAUCAAGUUAACAAGAUCCUGCCCAGUUUUAUCUCACUUAACUUUUGCCGAAUACUCGCUUUUCUUUUUAAAAGUGACUCUGUUAAAUUGUUGGCAAUUGGGCUUUAUCAUCAAUGAGUACUGCAGGGCUUCUGGUCAAAUGGUUAAUAGUGACAAGUCUAGCAUCUUCUUCUCCCCAAAUACCCCAGACCAAAUGCGGAGACUUAUGUGUGCUUUACUAAAGUUUGUGGAGGUCGAUAACCCUGGUAACUCUCUAGGGAUGCCGACAAUAUGGGGAAGGUCAAAGAAGGAAGCACUGUUAUAUAUCAAAGAGAGGAUUGGCAGAAAACUGGAAGGGUGGAAGGAAAAGAAUCUAUCUACAGAGGGAAAAGAGGUCCUAAUUAAAUCGGUGGCUUUAUCCAUACCAGCCUACCCAAUGGCUUGUUUCAAGUUCCCCAAAGGCUUGUGUGACGAAAUCAACUCGGCAGUGGGUAAUUUCUGGUGGGGAGAAUCAGAUCAUGGCAAUAAGAUCCAUUGGAAAAGUUGGGGGUCUCUUUGCACACCAAAAGAGGCUGUGAAAGGCCAUAGAGCCUCAUGGGGUUGGUCAAGUCUAAUUCAAGCAAGGGACGCCCUCUUUGGCGGUACUAGCUGGCAAGUCAUCAAUGGCUACAGGGUGAACAUUUGGAAGGACCGCUGGCUUCAUCCUCCUGAUAUCAGGCCCCUACACACAGUAGGAGUCAUUCCUCUCAAUGCCCCCACUUUAGUGCAAGAACUGAUUGAUCGGGAUACCCUAACCUGGAAUUUGGGGAGGAUUCUACAUUUACUUCAACCUCAUGAGGUGAACAAGAUACUUAGUGUUCCAAUUGGUGAUAUGAGAGGAGAGGACAAGAUCAUCUGGCCAUGGAAUAAGAAUGGGGUCUACUCGGUGAAAUCGGGAUACCAUUGGGUCCAUUCACAACUCAUUACUACAGCAACUUCACCUGAGGCAUCCAAGUCUGGAACCUCACACUCGAUAGCCACAAAGGUCUGGAAGUUAAUCUGGAGCAUCAACACCCUACCAAAAAUCAAGUCUUUUCUGUGGAAAGUCUUGAGUGGGGCAACCCCAACUUUCCUGAACCUACAUAAGAGAAGACUCUCAAUCUCCCCAAUCUGCCCUAUAUGUGACACUUAUGAAGAGUCAAUUGAGCAUACCCUCCUACUGUGCCCAUGGGUGCAGAGUGUGUGGUUUGGUUCUCCUCUAGGUAUAGUGAUUGACAAACAACAAUUCAAAAGUAUUGACAUUUGGUUGAUGAAUAUCAUGGAUACAGUUACAGUUACUUCGGAGAAGAAUUGGUUACUUACCCUGAUUAGUACCAUCAGCUGGGCCAUUUGGAGAGCCCGAUGUGAUUACAUCUACAGCAAGAAACAACUACUCUCCUCCCAUGUGAUCAAUUUUGGCAGCAGAUUGGCUUUCGAAUACUGGGAAUCAACUGUUCCUUGCCCAAAUGUUAGAGCUCCAAAGGUCAAAAGAUGCUGGAUACCUCCUCCUCCAGGUUAUGCGGCAAUCAACUGUGAUGCAACAUGGAAGCCACCAAGGGCAGGGGGUCUGGGAGUGGUCAUUAGGAAUGAGACGGGUCUCUCGAUCUGCGGAGCUUCCCAGAGUGUUACCAGUGGCUCAGUGGAAAUUGCAGAGGCCCAGGCGGUACUAUUAGGAGUUAAUCUAGCUGUGGAAAAUCAUUUGAAGAAGGUAAGAAUCCAAUCCGAUUCACAAGUAGUAAUCUCAGAUCUCAUCACUACUACAGCCCAUGGGAAUUGGAAAAUCUUUCCAAUCAUUGAUGAAAUCCACAAAAGAAGCAAGUUUUUCAAAGAUAUUACCUGGGAAUGGAUUCCCCAAGAAGCGAACAUGGCUGCGCACACUGCAGCAUCGCUUGCCAAGUCGAGGGUGGGUCUUAACAGAUGGGUCGACCGACCACCACCUUCUCUAUCACUUGUCCUUAGAAACGAUGGCCUUCCGUGCCCGCCGGUGCCGGAGGAAUAA